AAGAGAAAGUUAGAAAGCUGGGAUCGAGUGCGUGCGAAGCAAAAAUCGGAAAUGAUGGGGAGCACAUAGACCUGAUUCCUCUUUCGAUCCCCACUUCGAUCAUUUUCUAUCCUCUGGAACUAUCAUUCUCGAUCUCCUCCUUCCCAUCGUGGAACCCUAGAUCUCAGCUGCCAUGCCGGGACUCGUCUCCCCGCCUGAGGUGGCGGCGCUCCGGAUCACGGUGCCGGACCGCGUCGACUCCCGGAAUAGAGAAAAUGGGGAUGAUUCCGAGCUCCGCAGCGCUAAAGGCCGUUCACCAGCGUCUAAGAAGUCGCUGUUGCCUUCCCCGUCGUCGUCGUCGUCACGCGCGAAGCCCUCGCCAGAUCGGAACUCUUUCGGGGGAAAGCGGCGAGGGCCUGCCGCGCCGGACAAACCGUUCAUCGAUGAAUCCUCCCUGGAUAACCCUGAUCUCGGGCCGUUCUUGCUCAAGCUCGCGCGCGACACGAUUGCCUCAGGCGAGGGUCCGAACAAGGCGCUCGAGUACGCGAUCCGUGCGUGCAAGUCGUUCGAGCGGUGCGCGGUGGAGAGCGGUGAGCCGAGCCUGGAAUUGGCGAUGAGCCUUCACGUGACUGCGGCGAUAUAUUGUAGUCUAGGGCGGUAUGAGGAGGCGGUGCCGAUUAUGGAGCGCGCGGUGGCCGUACCAGAUGUGUCUCGCGGGUCGGACCACGCUCUCGCCGCCUUUUCCGGCCAUAUGCAGCUUGGGGACACACACUCAAUGCUCGGCCACAUAGAUCAAUCCAUCGAUUGUUAUUCCCGCGGCCUCGAGAUUCAGAUCCAAGCCCUAGGUGACUCCGAUCCCCGAGUCGCCGAGACUUGCAGAUACUUGGCGGAAGCCCACGUACAAGCAAUGCAGUUUGACAAGGCGGAGAAGCUCUGUCAGAGAACCCUUGAGAUCCACCGAGAGCAUAGCGCACCGGCCUCUAUUGAGGAGGCUGCAGAUCGACGCCUGAUGGCUAUUAUCUGCGAUGCUAAGGGUGACUAUGACGAGGCCCUUGAGCAUUUAGUGCUGGCCUCCAUGGCGAUGAUUGCCAACGGCCAUGAGGGUGAGGUUGCCUCCAUAGACGUGAGCGUCGGAAACACCUACCUUGCCCUUGGUCGAUACGAUGAGGCCGUCUUCUCUUAUCAGAAGGCUCUUACCGUUUUCAAAUCCACCAAAGGUGAUAACCAUCCGGCUGUUGCAUUGGUGUUCGUCCGCCUUGCCGAUCUUUAUUACAGGACGGGUAAGCUCCGCGAGUCAAGAUCGUAUUGUGAAAACGCCCUCCGUAUCUAUGCCAAGCCUGUUCCAGGGGCAGUGCCGGAAGACAUUGCAGGAGGUUUAGCGGAAAUAGCUAGCUUGUAUGAAGCUUUUGAGGAACCUGAAGAGGCAUUGAAGUUAUUGCAGAAAUCUUUGAAGUUGCUGGAAGAUGUUCCGGGUCAAUGGAGCUCGGUUGCUGGUAUUGAAGCACAAAUGGGAGUGAUGUUUUACAUUGUUGGGAGGUAUGGGGAAUCCAGAAACUCCUUUGAAAGUGCUGUUGCGAAGCUGAGGGCAAUUGGUGAGAAGAAGUCAGCAUUCUUUGGGAUGGUGCUAAACCAAAUGGGAUUGUCCUGCAUUCAGUUGUUUAAGAUUGAUGAAGCUGCAGGGCUUUUUGAAGAAUCAAAGGGAAUAUUGGAGCAGGAAUAUGGUACAAGCCAUCAGGACACUCUUGGAGUAUACACUAAUCUUGCGGCUACAUAUGAUGCUAUGGGAAGGGUAGAGGAAGCAAUCGAGCUCUUGGAGCAUGUGGUGAAGGUCAGGGAAGAAAAACUAGGGACAGCCAACCCUGACGUUGAAGACGAGCGGCGGCGGCUCGCCGAGCUUUUGAAAGAAGCAGGCAGAUCAAGGAACACAAAGCAAAAAUCCCUUGAAAACCUUUUUGUCUCCACUUCAAACAGGAUGAAGAAAGAGGUGACCAAGAGAUGGCCGAGCUUGGGUUUCAAAUCAUAAAAUCUUUUCUGUGAAGGGCAAGAGGAAUCCAUGUGUAAAUGUUAGGUAAUAUCUUCUUUGUUUUCCUUGUUCUUUUUCUUUGCGAUACCUUUUUUUCUUUUAUUGAUUUUUAUUUCCUGGUUUUUUUGCUUUCUUUUCCUCAUACUCUCCGAGCGGAUGGUUCCAUCUUAUGUAUUUGUUUACUUACAGUGUUCUCCAAACAUAUUUGCCUAAAGAAAAACUGAUUUGUUGGAGAACAUCAUAUAUUUAUGUUGCGAGAUCUCCUCUUUGUUAUGACAUUGCUCUCUUUAAAUUG